CGGCUGCUACACAUGUCACAAAACACAAACGCAAAAACAAAACAGAACUGUUACACACUCAGACAUCAUUUUGAACCAAACAAAAAGCUAAAAAGCAAAAAGCAAAAACAACAAAGAAGCAACCCGAAUUCUGAAACCAGAACUUGAGAGAGUUUUUUUUUUAUUUGACAAUGGAGACUGUGAGGGAAGAUGUGGUGGAAGAGUAUAGCUGGAGAGACGUGAAGGUCCCAGCUUUGGCAUCACAGUCAGAGCAUAGGAAAGAAUUAGGAGAGAGAAGGGGAGGCCGUGACAUACUUGUAGCUGUGGAUCAUGGACCCAAGAGCAAAUUCGCCUUUGAUUGGGUCCUCGCUCAUCUCUGCAGAACUGAUGACACUGUCCAUCUCAUCCAUGCUGUUUCAAGUGUCAAGAACGAGGUAGUGUAUGAGAUGAGCGAGCGGCUUAUGGAGAAGCUUGCGAUUGAGGCUUUUCGGGUUGCCAUGGUAAGGACUAAGGCUCGGAUCGUGGAAGGGGAUACUGGUAAGGCAAUAUGCAAGGAAGCUGAAAAAUUGAAGCCUGCAGCUGUGGUCAUGGGUACCAGAGGCAGAGGCAUUAUUCAAAGUGUGCUGCAGGGUAGUGUGAGCGAGUACUGCUUCCAUAACUGUAAAUCAGCACCUGUCAUAAUUGUUCCUGGAAAAGCUGGAGGCGAAUCAUUGACCUAGUGAAAUGGGCAUAUAGUAAACUGUUAGUCCUGAAUGUUGGGCUACUAAGAAUAGCUUGCUUGGACGUAGAUACUUGCUGGGUUUUAUUUUGUUUUGUUUUAUUUGUAUUUAUAUAUUUGUUUUUGGUGUGUAUGUGGAAGAUAUUUUAUGAUUUUAUGUGAUGAAUGAACACUAUAUAUAGCAAUUUGGGGGUAAUGGAUGUGGUACACUGCAUAGCUUGCUUGUAUAUUGUAUCAACUUAUUUAAUGGAACUAGCUGUUGAUGUC